AUGGAUCACGAGGCACAAUUAUCUACCGUACCUCGAGAGCCUCCAGUUGCUCUGCCAAAACACGAUCCAGAAAUCCCCGGUGAUGCUUCAGCUUUCUACACAUUCGAGAGGCAAAUAAUAGAUUUAGACCGUGAACUUCGCCAGCUGUCAAACGCAACUAGACAACUUGGUAGCUCUGUGGGCAUACUAUCCGCGUCAUUCCGCCUGUGUGAACGUCUUGGCCGGGUUCUUUUCCUAUUUCGCGAGAACGCGGUCGAGUUGUUCCCUAAUAGGGUUCGGAGGCAAAGACGCGAACUUCAAGUCGACCGCUACUGGAACUUCAAGCGUCAACGUCGAUAUCGACGACGCAGUCGGCUACUCAGCCUUGUAUCCAGGUUGAGCAAUGGCCAAGAUCAGCCUACCGCUCGUGAUCUUCCAAAUGAAUUGAGCGCUCUGGCUAGGGACAUCGCCGCUUUGCUAGACUGUUUCAGCCAGUAUCCCGAAUUCCUCGAUGAAGUUCCGGAGCAAACAUUGGAGGAGGACAUCAAGGGCUGGGCGAGCUAUUUGACUUAUUUCACCGAUGAUAUUGAGACCGCAGCCGUUCGCAGAUACGUUCACGACCUCUCUGUUAUGCUUGGUCAUCGGCUCCAGCGAAUCAGCGACUUCACUCCCCGGUUCAUCAGAGUUGGAAUACCCACUAUACGUGCCGCGCAGAAGGGGUCCGCAAUAAACCUGAUUAACCUGUCCACCGUUGCUACGCUAUUCUCGGGCGUCACAGCCACCGUGCUCCAGUUUUCGUACUCCAACAACCACGGCAUUAUGGCAGAAGCGGUCAACGGCUUCUGGUUCACCUCCCUGGUCUUCAGCAUCAGCGCUGCCGUCAACAGUCUCCUCGGCCUGACGUGGAAAGAUAUCUCAUCCGGGUUUAUAGCCGUUCACCAGAUCAUCGGGUGCCCUGGCCUUAUCCUAUUCGCAUACUCUUCUCAGCAGAGUCCGGUGACGUCAAUGCUUACGGCGGUGCUCUCCGCCGCCUGCUGUUUCGGACUAGCAGCGAUAUCCACCUGGAUCGCGUUUGAACGUUGGGUAUUCAAUUGGCACGACGGCAACAAAUUGCUUUCCGAUGUUCUAGCAGAGACUGCCAAAGGGAUCCUCAAUGUCAGGAUCAUUGCAUGGACCUUGGAUCGGUGCCGUCGCGUGGAACCAUUCAAGAUGCGCCUCGCGCCGCGAAGUGCGCCUAUCAUACAAACCAUUAAGAGAGCCCUCUCCAGCGUCCUGUACACUACAGAGGUGGUUGUAGACGUAGGAAGUGUCAUCAGCCACAGCGCUGUCUCGAGUUACCCAGUGGAGUCCGCUAGGUCCGACCUCGAAGCGCAGAACGUCCAAGAGAGCAUUACGUCGGAGCAGCCGGGUCAUCUGCGUCUCACAGGGAAGGAGCGCUUUCGAAGGCUUGUUUACCGCGCAAUGGCGGAACAACGAUCGAAUCUUACAGGCUCUCUACAAUUAUCGGAUAUCAACACUACUGUCCCUAGCGGCAUCGUUAGUACCCUGGUGCCGAAGCUCAAGAACUUUGAGGUCGCGCAGAAGCUAGACGUCCAUAUGGGACUGGUCAGAGAUUUGCAAUUCUCUCCGGAUGGGAAACAUCUCGCCACAACUAGCUGGGACAAGAAAAUCUUAGUGCUGAACGUCAUGGACGAUUUUUCGACCGGAGAACCUCUAUCCCACCCCGCAGGCUUUGUCGGCCAAUUAGAGUGGUCUCCUUGUGGGACAAUGUUUCUCACGAAGGCUAAUGAGACAAUACGUAUAUGGGCGAGAACAGAAACCGGCAACUACGAGAAACACUUUUCCAUAGUGCGAAGCACGAGUGUAAACGCUAUUCGGUGGCUUCCUGGUAGCAAUGCCAUUCUGUCUGUCGAACGCGACAAUGUUGUGAAAAUGGACCUGGGAGGCACACUCAUCAAUCGGUAUACUAUGAAAAAUAUGGCAUUGAGCGAUGUUGCUAUCACUCAGGAUGGGCAAUGGAUGCUAUGCGUGGGGACCGUGCUGGCCGAUUCAAAGAAUUCCGAGGAGGGAAGUGGAAACAACCAGAUUGUUCUCUACAACAUGACGGCGCGCACAGUCGAAAAGCGAGCUCCGUUAUUUGUCGAUGCUUCAGACAUAGCCAUUGCGUCAAACGAUCAGUCUGUGCUUGUGAGCUUUGAGGCCAAGGCCCCACCACAGCUGUGGAAGCUGCAGCUCGAAAAUUCGUCUGCGCCGCUCGUACUCCGUCACUCGUUUGUUGCACCUAUGCGAUCUGAUUUUGCAGCGCUGGCCAGUAUAUUCGGAGGCGAGAACGAUGGAUUUGUGUUACGCGCAGAGACUGCGGAUGACUUUAUCUUUGGCGGUGACUAUGACCAUAGUGUCAUGAUACGGCAAUGCCUAGAACAAGCGAUUGCUAAUAUAGUGCAAGAGCAGCUGCAGAAAUUAUCCCUUGAUCCCCAACAUCGUCGGCAAAAACUCCCGUCCAAAGGGAAAGGGCAACAUGGAGAGAAAGGCUAUCACCCAGGAGAAGCCUUUGAAGUGUUCGAGGAACAGAUACGACGUCUCGAUUAUCAGCUGCGCGAACUCUCCAACAAGACUCGCAAGCUGGGAAGCUCAGUCGGUAUUCUCUCUGCGUCUUCUCGUUUACGAGAGCGAUUGGGACGUGUUCUACAUCUCUUCCGGGAGAACGCUGCCGGCCUGUUCCCACAAAUCGUGCACAAAAAGUCAUUUGAACCAUCUGUCUUUCGUCGUUUGGCCUCCGAAAGACAUAGAUUUUUUGGUUCCUUGAAUCUCGCCGCUCAUGCGGCCGAUCUAGUGCCUAAGGACUUCGCCCUCGAGCUCCAGCUAUUCUCCCAGGACGUCUCGACCUUGCUAGAGUGUUUCAGCCAGUUUCCGGAAUUUCUUGACGAGAUUCCGAACCGGUCCCUCAGCGGGGAUCUCACUUACUGGGCUAAAUCGUUGGACGACCUAGAAGGGGACCUGAAGAGCCAUGCAGUGCAAGCCUACUUGUACGAUUCGAUGACAGACAUUGGCGAACGCCUAGAUCGCAUUACGGACAAGUUCAUCCCCGCGUUUAUUUCUAUCGGUAUUCCGACCAUUCGAGCAUCACAGGACCAUUCUGGCGAUAACUUGGUCAAUCUGUCUGCUGUCGCUACAUUCUUUGCCGGGGUCACGGCCACGAUGCUCCAGAUUACAUGGAACUUUACCCCACGAAGCAGACUUUCUGAUUCCGUGAAUGCCUUCUGGUUCAUUGCUGUCAUUUUCAGUGUCAGCUCUGCCGUAAACAGUCUGCUGGGACUGACCUGGUCGGAGGCAAUAUUCCGAUCGCCAGACCACCUCGUCCCAUGGUGGGUUUUGAUCUGGGUGAAACGUUCUCCGAUUGCGUUUUUGGUGCUGUCCGUAGCAUGUUUCUUCGUUGGUCUGGUGCAGUUCUCCUAUUUGUCUGACCAGGCAAAUACCACACGCGUCUUCACGAUCUUGCUUUCAGCCCUUUCCUGCUUUGGUCUAGUGGCCAUGUCUACUUGGUUCGCUUGCGAGUGGUGGAUCUACAGUCGAUAUGGUGGACACCUAUGGUUGGCUGAUAUCCUAAACCACUUCAAACGGAAGGUCAAGGGCAUGGUGUUGCAUGUGUGGCGCCAUAUUCAUCCUCGAAACAUUUGGAAUCACGGGAAGUACCUUGUGUUGGGAGAAGUAGACCAUGAUAUCGAGAAGACCGGAACGACAAUGAGUACUAGGAUCGGACUUCACAGCCGGACUACAAUGCAACAUGAGGCGAAAGAUUCAUUCUGGCUGGGGCUCGACAAGGAAUCAAUGACGAAAGAAGAGAUUGCUACAUACCGCUGGCAAGAAGCUCUCCGACGCAUCCGCGUUCAGAGACUCCAAGAGCGCACAACGAAGGGCGAAAGGCUCACGAUAAUCACUGACAAUAAUGUGCAUAUCAGUAACAUUAUGGACACCGUGAACGUCACGAAGCUAGAGCGGAUGACUAUUUCCCAUGAACUGCAAUCAAAGGAGGCCCAUGAAGCGGUCGUUCAUUUUCUCCAGUUCUCGCCGGAUGGUAAAUCUCUUGUAACGUCGAGUUUAGACAGGAAGUCAUUCAUCCUUAGCGUUGCAGAUAAUGAUUUUCGACGCGAGGCAAUUCUGAACCAUCCUACAGGUUCUGGUAUUGUCCAUCAGCUGGAAUGGGCACCGAUCGGCAUACAAUCAUUGCUUAUGCGACGCAGUCGUACUGUCUCGCUCUGGGAUUCAACUGGGAAAUGCCUGUGGGAAGCCCCACGACCGGGCAACCGCAGCAUCCGCUCUGUGAGAUGGUGUGGCUCGGGGGAUGGGGCGAAGUGUCUAUCCGUUGAAGGAAACAAAGUGGCAAUAAUAAAUCCCGAUGGUAAGGAAUAUGCGGUCCACCAGAUAGAGGACCUGCAGGUCAGGGACAUCGCGAUCACGAAAGAUUCAAAGUGGAUGCUCUGCGUUGGAAGGUACCAGGGCGAGGACGCAUCGCUCGCCAACCAAAAGCAGAAGCACGAGAUUGUCUUGUACAGCUUUGCCAGAUCCAAGGUAGUCAAACGAGCUCGUGUGUUUCACGAGAUUUGUAGCAUCACCGUAGCUCGCGACAACCGCCUCGCCCUGGUCAGCUAUGAUAACAAGGCCCCUCCGCAAUUAUGGGGGUUUCACGCUGUCACCACUAAGGGUAAAGAAGAAUGGGAUCUCGUUCUCAAGCACACCUACCUUCCCCGUGAACGUACUUCGUUCUCCGGCUUACCCGCGAUAAUGGGUGGUACUCGCGAUCGCCUUGUCCUUAGGGCUGGAAUUGCUGGAGACAUUCAUAUAUGGCACCGUGAUAUGGGAUCUUUCUUACACUGCAUACAAGCACCGGAAAACUUCGGCCACCUUACGUCGUUCGCUUGGAAUCGCUGGUCGGAGGACUGGAUGUUCGCCACGGGGACUCACGAGGGUGCGAUCCAUGUUUGGAGACUAUCUGAGAAAGAACCGGAGCAGAUCACACGGAGCCCUACAUCAACACUGAGGACCACGUCCCCCCACAGUCCCAGCUUCCCAUCCCGGCCUGCGAUGUUUGGGCCUAAAGCGGUUCACGCGAAGUCUCUCAGCCAGGAUCGUUUCAGCCUCAGGCACCCGCGCAACGGGAGUCGGUCAUCAGGCCAAACGACACUCCGACAUAACACCCAUAGCUCUUUCAAUGGAACCGUCGAUGAGGAAGACUACGGUCUGAAGGAUGAUGGAGACAACGACGACGACGACUAG